CAUUGGGCCUCAACUAUGGGCUUCUUUGCAUAUUCAAAAAACAGAACAAUGAACUUACCCAAUUGGUCCAGAAGAUUUUGGAAUUUUCUACGCAUCAAUUUUGAACCAAAAUUCAAAAAGGGGAACGAAAACACCAGAAGACCCACGAAAUAUCUCAAAAUUCCAAGAUUUUUGGGUGGGCGUGGGAGCAACAACUCGGACCCCAUGUCAUUGUCAUUGGAUGUUUGGGAUCCAUUUGAUCGGGAGACAUCUGCUAUGGCCAACGCCCGCAUCGACUGGAAGGAGACCCCAGAAGCCCACAUCUUCAAGGCCGAUCUUCCUGGGAUGAAGAAGGAGGAAGUGAAAGUAGAAGUUGAAGAAGGCAGAGUUCUGCAGAUCAGUGGAGAAAGAAGCAAAGAGAAGGAGGAGAAGAAUGAUAAAUGGCACAGAGUCGAACGAAGCAGUGGGAAGUUCGUGAGGAGAUUCAGGCUGCCGGAGAACGCUAAAGUUGAAGAGGUGAAGGCUAGCAUCGAAAAUGGAGUUCUCACUGUGAGGGUGCCUAAGACGAAAGAGAAGAAGCCUGAAAUCAGAUCCAUUGAAAUCUCAGGCUAAACAUUUGUUUCUGUUGGUCUCUGUUGCAAUGUGUGAGUCUGAAGGUUUAAAGUUGUUGGGCGUGUGUGUAUAAAAAUUAGUGUAAAAUGGAAUGUAAGCAAAUAAGAAAACAAUAAUAUCAGCCUACUAAUGUACAUAUAUUUUGAGUUCCAGUUCCAA